AUGGACAUCCCGCCGCUGGCCGGCAAGAUCGCGGCGCUGUCGCUCACAGCCUUGCCCGUGUCCUACGUGCUGAAUCUCGUCUCGGAGCUCUCGCACCCACUGGGGGUGGUGUUGACAAGUAUCCUGAUCCUGGUGCUGCUCCUCGUGUCCGUCCGCAGUUUGUCCCGUGGUGAAAUCUCCUAUGACCCUCUCUAUGCUGUGUUUGCAGUUCUGGCCUUCACCUCUGUGGUGGACCUCCUCAUCUCUCUCCAAGAAGAUGGCUAUGUGGUGGGCUUCAUGGAGUUCUACACCAAGGGUGAGCCCUACCUGAGCACAGCCCAUGGAGUCUUCAUCUGCUACUGGGAUGGCAUUGUUCACUACCUCCUCUACCUGGCCAUGGCUGGUGCUAUCCAAAAAAGGAAGAGGUACCGGAACCUUGGACUCUACUGGCUGGGCUCCUUCGUCAUGAGCAUCCUCACAUUCCUUCCAGGAAACAUCCUAGGCAAAUAUAGCUCAGAGAUCAGGCCUGCCUUCUUCCUCACCAUCCUCUACAUGCUGGUCCCAUGUUGGGCUGGCGUAAGAAUCUUCAAACAGUCCCAGGCACCCAUCUGCUACACCCCGAACAUGGUACAAGAAGAACACAGGAAAAGCCUCCUGCAGCGCCCAGUAGACCUGGCCCUCGUCAUAUACCUCAUUCUUGCUGGUUUUUUUACUCUCUUCCGGGGCCUGGUGGUGCUCGACUGCCCCACAGAUGCCUGCUUCAUCUACAUCUACCAGUAUGAACCUUAUCUACGGGAUCCCGUGGCCUAUCCGAAGGUGCAGAUGCUGGUAUACAUGUUCUACGUCCUGCCCUUCUAUGGCCUAGCCAUCUACGCCCUCAUCUUUCCUGGCUGCUCCUGGCUACCUGACUGGGCCCUGGUGUUUGCUGGAGCCAUUGCUCAGGCACAAUUCUCACACAUGGGCGCGUCACUCCACCUGCGAACGGCCUUCACUUACCGCGUGCCUGAGGACGUGUGGGCCCCCGUCUUUCUGUGCAACCUGCUCUAUGCCUUGAGUCCCCACCUGCUUGCCAGCCGCUGCCUGUGGCGGCCCACCUUCUUCCUAAAACCACAGUCCCCAGACUUGAUGGCUAAGCACAAGAAGCUUAAUUAA